UUGCUAUCGAGUGAUCCCUAGUGUGUUCUGGAUGCCUCGAUUUGAUAUGUCUGGGCUGGUGUGUAUCAGGUAAUAUGUGUGUGUGUGUUUGUGGGCCGUGGGGGACAGGGCUUUGUGAGAGUGAUGGUCCGUGUCUACAGGACCACAGUGAGGACAGUGUCACUGUGACUGAUGGCGGGAGCUCUGAGAGGGGCUGUGGUGGAGGUAGUGGAGCGUGUAAUGAACGCUAACUCACUCUCUGUGGUUUCCUCUUCCGUCACAUCCUUGUACAGCUCUCCUGGGUCAGCUAGUCUCCUUUAGUGUGACCUUGUGGCCAGUGCUGUGGUGGGCUCACCGUGACACUUCAUGCUGCUGGGUGUCAGCGCUGAUGAUGGUUGGCCUUCAGUCCCAGAUGGCUCCCAUAUGUUUGAACACACUUUCAGAGUUUGUGAUUGAUCCCUUCCAUGCUAAACACCCUCACGGUAACGCGUGUCAGAGCGGACUGGUGCCAGCGCUGGUUCGAGCCCCUCUGCCCACUGUGCCACCCUCUCUGGGCAUGAAGCACUUCCUUCCCUUCCCUCUAGACGGCGGCUCCACGCUCAGCCUCAUUCCCAGCUUCAGCAGCAUGGAUCCAGUUCAGAAAGCUGUUUUGCAUCACACGUUCAGUGCUUCAGCCUCCUCUAAAAGGAAAGCUGUCUCGUGCAGCGUGUGCCAGCUGAGGUUUAACUCGCAGAGCCAGGCAUCGGCCCACUACAAAGGCACCAAACACGCCAAGAAGAUGAAAUCCUUGGACGCCCCGAAAUGCCUCAAACACAAGAGUUCCCUGGUCACCAAAAAUACCAACAAGGAGCCGCCUAGAGGACUCUCUCCCUCCACAGCGGCCAGCAACACUGACAGACAAGGUGGGAGUCCUGGAGCACCUGUGGCCCCUUCAUCACCCUCUUCUGCCCUGGGGUCCGGCCCCAGCGUGGAGCCCACAGAGCCAGAGUCUACCUCAGUGUCAGGAGGAGAGGACGGCCGGUCCAUCACGCCCAGCCCGCCUGAACCGGAGGAGAACGACCCCGCUGUCAGUCCAGAGACAGAGGAUGAGAAAGCACUGCGUCUGCUCUACUGCUCCCUCUGUAAGGUGGCCGUCAACUCUGCGUCACAGCUAGACGCGCAUAACAGUGGCACCAAACACAAAACCAUGCUGGAGGCUCGGAGUGGGAUCGGCUCCAUCAAAUCGUUCCCCAGGGCCGGGCUGAAGAGCAAGCUGACUGCCCCCACUAAAGCAGACACAGGCCUGCAGAACAAGACAUUUCACUGUGAAACCUGCGACGUGCACGUCAAUUCAGAGACGCAGCUCAAGCAGCAUAUCAGCAGCAGACGCCAUAAAGACAGAGCUGCGGGGAAACCAGCCAAACCCAAGUACAGUCCUUACACCAAAACCCAAAGAGGAGCCACCAAACAGACAGUGAAGAUGCCAGCAGGUAAAGACCUGUGUCCACCGCUGACCACCAGGAUAAUGCCGUCACACCUGGCAGCUGUCGCUGUUGCAGCCGCCGCCAUUGGCUCCGCCUUCCCGCUGCGUGCCUGCCAUAACCCCGCCCUCUUUCAGACUCAGUCCCUCCCUGCCGCGCUGCUCCGCCCUGCACCGGGGCCAAUUAGGACUGCUCACACGCCUGUACUGUUUGCCCCUUAUUGACCUUUGAACUAUGACCUCUGGGGGAUCGGAUCAUUAACCCCUCCAUCUCCCCAUACUAAGAUCCAAUGCGCGAUAUCGCAAUAAUUUAAAGACAAAAAACGAACCAGGUAACUAUGCAUCAUCAUUUACAUGUGACACACUGACGUUAAGCUAUAAAUGUAUUGGUGGAGAUUUGAUUUUUAUUUUUGUUCUUUCUGUAUGGAAACACCAUGAUUCAUCAUUAUCAUUGCUUAGAGUACAAGAUUGAUUUGUAAAUUUAAGGUGAGUUUGGGAACACAGAGAUGUUAAUAAUGGGGGAAAUUAAAAGUUGUAUUUCUCUGCUGUUUUGCACUUUAAGUCUAUCUGUUGUUGAUUUUAGUGCUUUAGAUGUCUAGAUCUCUACCUGUUUCCAGCUGUUGGUGUUACAGCUCAGCAGGGCUUCAUUUGUCAAUGGACCCGCUUCACAUUUCUGUGGUUCUUAGAAACAGUCACCA